CUCCUGGGCCUGGCCGGCGCCGGGGCGCUGCGGCCCCGCAAGCUGAGCUGCUUCGAGGCCAGGGCGGAGCUGAACCACCUGGCGGUGGACCCCGCGUCGGGCCUGGUGUACCUGGGCGCCGUGAACGCGCUGUUCCAGCUCAGCGCCGACCUGCGGCUGCAGCAGCGGGCCAGCACCGGGCCCGCGCUGGACAACAAGAAGUGCACGCCGCCCAUCGAGCCCAGCCAGUGCCACGAGGCCACGCUGACCGACAACGUGAACCAGCUGCUGCUGCUGGACGCGCCCGGGCGGCGCCUGGUGGAGUGCGGGAGCCUCUUCAAGGGCAUCUGCGCGCUGCGGGCCCUGGGCAACGUGUCCCAGCGGCUCUUCUACGAGGACGGCAGCGGCGAGAGGUCCUUCGUGGCCAGCAACGACGAGCGCGUGGCCACGGUGGGGCUGGUCGGCGAGGCGGGCGCCGCCGGGCGCGUGCUCUUCGUGGGCAAGGGCAACGGCCCCCACGACAACGGCGUCAUCGUGAGCACGCGGCUGCUGGAGCGGGGGGCCCGCGCCGGGCAGGGCCACCGCCCUUGGCCUCCUGACGCCGCCCCGCCUGCAGACCAUGUGGCCGUGGACGUCCAGCUGCUCUUCAAGCAGGGAGGCGUCUUCCUCACCCGCCACCCGUACCCCUUCUACGACUGCAGAGAGGCCAUGAGCCUGCUGGAGCACCUGCCGUGCAUCUCCUGCGCCAGCGACCGGUGGACCUGCCAGUGGGACCUGCGCUACCACGAGUGCCGGGAAGCCUCGCUCAACCCCGAGGAGGGCGUGGUGCCCGCCCACGCGGAGGACAGCUGCCCGCAGUUCCUGACCCCCAGCCCCGUGUUCAUCCCCAUGAACCACGAGACCGAAGUGACCUUCGAGGGCCAAAACCUGGACACCGUCAAGGUCCAGCCUGAGACCGGCCCCCUGGGCGGGGGCAUUCGCGUCACCAUCCUCGGCUCGGACUUGGGGGUCAAGGCGGACGACGUCAAGAGCAUCACGGUGGCGGGCCGCAACUGCGACUUCCGGCCAGCGCUGUACUCUGUGUCCACCAGGAUCGUGUGUGUCAUCGAGGCGGCAGAGACGCCCUUCUCCGGGGGCAUCGAGGUGGACGUCAACGGGAAGCUCGGCCAUUCGCCGCCCCACGUCCGGUUCACGUACCAACAGCCCCAGCCCCUCAGCGUGGAGCCGAAGCAGGGGCCACAGGCGGGCGGCACCACGCUGACCAUAAGUGGCACCCACCUGGACACGGGCUCUGAGGAAGACGUGCGGGUGACCCUCAGUGAUGUCCCUUGUAAUGUGACGCAGUUUGGAACCCAGCUCCAGUGUGUCACCGGCCCCCAGUCGGCGGUGGGGGAGCUGCCGCUGGAGAUCUCCUACGGGGGCUCCCGGGUCUCCAGCCCCGACGUCACCUUCCACUACCGUGAGAACCCCGUGCUGCGGGACUUCGAGCCCCUGCGCAGCUUUGUCAGUGGCGGCCGGAGCAUCAACGUCACCGGGCAGGGCUUCAGCCUGAUCCAGAGAUUCGCCAUGGUGGUCAUAGCCGAGCCCCUGCAGACCUGGCGGCGGCGCCGGGAGGCUGGACCCCUGCAGCCCAUGGUGGUCAUGGGCACGGAGUACACUUUCCACAACGACUCCAAGGUGGUGUUCCUGUCCCCGGCGGUCCCCGAGGAGCCCGAGGCCUACAACCUCACGGUGCUCAUUCAGAUGGACGGGCACCGGGCCCUGCUCCGGGGCGAGGCCGGCGCCUUCGAGUACGUGGCCGACCCGACCUUCGAGAACUUCACCGGGGGCGUCAAGAAGCAGGUCAACAAGCUCAUCCACGCCCAGGGCACCAACCUGAACAAGGCCAUGACGCUGCACGAGGCGGAGGCCUUCGUGGGGGCCGAGCGCUGCGUCAUGAAGACGCUGACGGAGACCGACCUGUACUGUGAGCCCCCGGAGGUGCAGCCGCCCCCCAAGCGCAGGCAGAAGCGGGACACGGCGCACAACCUGCCCGAGUUCAUCGUCAAGUUCGGGUCCCGUGAGUGGGUGCUGGGCCGCGUGGAGUAUGACACGCGGGUGAGUGACGUGCCGCUCAGCCUCAUCCUGCCGCUCGUCAUCGUGCCCAUGGUGCUUGUCAUCGCGGUGUCCGUCUACUGCUACUGGUUCAUCCACACGCUGGAGAGCCAGCGCGAGUUCUCGGCGCGCGCCAAGGUGUACUUCGCGUCGCUGCUGACCGUGGCGCUGCACGGCAAGCUGGAGUACUACACGGACAUCAUGCGCACCCUCUUCCUCGAGCUCAUGGAGCAGUACGUGGUGGCCAAGAACCCCAAGCUGAUGCUGCGCAGGUCCGAGACGGUGGUGGAGAGGAUGCUGUCCAACUGGAUGUCCAUCUGCCUGUACCAGUAUCUCAAGGACAGUGCUGGCGAGCCGCUCUACAAGCUGUUCAAGGCCAUCAAGCACCAGGUGGAGAAGGGGCCGGUGGACGCCGUGCAGAAGAAGGCCAAGUACACCCUCAACGACACGGGGCUGCUGGGCGACGACGUGGAGUACGCCACCCUGACGGUGAGCGUGAUCGUCCAGGACGAGGGUGUGGACGCCAUCCCUGUCAAGGUCCUCAACUGCGACACCAUCUCCCAGGUCAAGGAGAAGAUCAUCGACCAGGUGUACCGCACACAGCCCUGCUCCCGCUGGCCCCGGGUGGACAGUGUGGUGCUGGAGUGGCGUCCGGGCUCCACAGCCCAGAUCCUGUCGGACCUGGACCUGACGUCGCAGCGGGACGGCCGCUGGAAGCGCCUCAACACGCUGAUGCACUACAAUGUCCGGGACGGCGCCACCCUCAUCCUGUCCAAGGUGGGGGUCUCGCAGCAGCAGGAGGACAGCCAGCAGGACCUGCCUGGGGAGCGCCACGCCCUCCUGGAGGAGGAGAACCGCGUGUGGCACCUGGUGCGGCCGGCGGAGGAGGUGGACGAGGGCAAGUCCAAGCGGGGCAGCGUGAAGGAGAAGGAGCGCACCAAGGCCAUCACCGAGCUCUACCUGACCCGCCUGCUGUCAGUCAAGGACUCCCCCAGCAACAAGCUGCUCUACGCCAAGGAGAUCUCCACUUACAAGAAGAUGGUGGAGGACUACUACAAGGGGAUCCGGCAGAUGGUGCAAGUCAGUGACCAGGACAUGAACACGCACCUGGCGGAGAUUUCCAGGGCGCACACGGACUCCCUCAACACCCUGGUGGCCCUGCACCAGCUGUACCAGUACACGCAGAAGUACUACGACGAGAUCAUCAACGCCCUGGAGGCCGACUCUGCUGCCCAGAAGAUGCAGCUGGCCUUCCGCCUGCAGCAGAUUGCGGCCGCGCUGGAGAACAAGGUCACGGACCUCUGAGGCGCCGGCGGCUCGGUGCAGCGGCGGAGCCGACCCCGAGCGUGGGCCCAGCGGGAGCCCCGCUCGUGUCUGUAGCCCGUAGCCCCUCUCCUGAGCAAUACCGCGGGCCGCCAGCACCAGCCCCGCAGACCAGCAUCGCGUGGCCUCCGCGGGCCCCCAGGACUGCAUUCGCAAACGUGCCUUAGGCCCCCGGCCACGCUGGGCCCUGGGGACAGCGGGCCCCUCCCAGCACCAGCAGCCGCCUCACACAGCCUGGUGGCCUGGACCCCAGGGCCUGGUGUCCAGACGGUCUGGCGGGACCUAGAGGAGAAAAAGCGGUACAAUACCUUCCUGACCUCACCGGCCCUCCCUGCGGGGCUCAGCACUCCAGGGGCUCCGGGCCAAGGGCCCCACCUUAAAAGGUCAAGCUGGACGUCAGACGUCGGGGCCCCGGCAGCCGGGUCUUGGUCCUGGUCUUGGCCUGUCAGACAGGCCACCCUGGAGGCCCACAUGGGCCUUUGGGGCCAGUGUCGACCCCCAGGACUCCCGUCCCCUUUUGUAAAUCUUUGUAAAUCAAAUACAAGUGUCU